AUGGAUGGUCCGCUGCUCAUGUUGUCGGUUGAGGACAAAAACAAGGUGAUCAAAGCAAGUUGGCUGGUGGAAGAUGCGUUCCGAGGGUUCUCUCGAGCACACCCGAAAGUCACUCCCCAAGCAGUGCAGGUGUACAAGAUCUACCAUCGGUUGGUCAUCGUCCGUCAUGCCACCGUCUUCGUCUUACUCAUGCUGUCGUUCGUUGAAACGCCAUAUUGGUGUCAUGGUACAUGGCCUCAUCCGUGCGGCGAUCCAUUGGACCCCAGCACCCCUCUAACGUCUGGGAUGCUUCUGUUGGCCAGAGGAAAGUCUGUCCUCGUCGAAGUGACGUGUCUGGCUAUCUGUCUCGUCAACGACGGCCUCUUGUACCAUUCCCUCGGCCGCAACUUCUUUACCCGUCUUGACCGCAUCUGUGCACUCGGUUUGUUUUGCGUCGCCCUCGCAAACGCCCUCGUCCGCUUCGCCACAGGCUGGCCAUUGACCGGUCGCAUCGCACCCUUUCUUCGACUGUUUAUCUUCAUGCUGACAUUUCGAUCUAUUCGAAGCACGUAUCGAAAGAUGUAUAUGGUCAUGGCCGAGGUGCACAACAUCAUGUCGCUCGUGGCCAUGUACAUUGGUUUCUUUGCGUGGCUGUCGACGGUGCUGUUCCAAGACACUGAAGAAGCUGGCGUCAUGCGCUCGUUUGUCGAGUCGGCGUGGCAACUGCUCAUCCUCCUCACGACGGCCAACUUUCCCGACAUCAUGAUGCCAGCCUACACCCGCAACCGCGCGUAUGGCCUCUUCUUCAUCGUGUUUGUCGCGUUCGGUCUGUUCUUCAUGAUGAACUUGAUCCUGGCCCAAGUCUUCAACAACUUCCAGCGCAUCGCUGCGUCGGACGAAGCGAAAGCCGUGACCAACCGCGCGGCGCUGCUCUCCCAAGCGUUUGAUUUGCUCCAAGUGGGGAUGCCCCCCCCUUCCCCUCUGCAUGAAGAACCCUCCGUGUGUUGCAAUUGGAUCGACACGGACCUCGCCCUGUCCUUGUUUCAAGAGCUCAACCACUACAACGUCGCGUCCACGCGCCUCUCGCACAAACACAUGCUUGAUUUGUUCUACCAGCUCGACACGGACGGCGACGGACGCAUCGAAUUGCGCGACUUUUUUGCCGUGUGCGACUGCAUGCGCGAGUACGUCCAAACGUACCACAAAUCGCCGUCUGAAAUCGAGCGCUGGUGGCCCCGCGUCGCCGCGACCCGCCGUUUCCAACAGCUCUGUGCAAUUGUGACGCACAAGCGGUUCGAGUUGGCCAUCGACGGCCUCUUGAUCUUGAAUGCGCUGUGCAUUGUGUUGGAAGCGUCGACAACGACCGACAAUACCGCGUCCUCCCGCGAGUGGGGCAUCGCCCAAGUCGUAUUUUCGUCACUGUACGUGGUCGAAAUGAUGCUCAAGAUCGCCGUCUGUGGGUGGCGGGACUACAUGCACUCGUUCCGCAACCGAUUUGACGCUGCCAUCACGAUUGGGUCGCUGGUUGUGGACAUUUGCGCCGAAGUCCCCAACACGUUGGCGACCAAUCACACUGUGCCGAAGGUGCUCAUGACGUGUCGCUGCCUGCGCAUGCUUCGUCUCUUCCUCUCCAUCGAACGGUACCGCGUGAUUCUGCACACAGCGUGGGCGAUGGUGCCGAUCGGGAAGAACCUACUACUUGUUAUGUUUUGCAACAUGAACGUGUUUGCGCUCGUGGGCCACCAACUGUUUGGCGGUCGCAUCUCCCCCGCCCUUCUCAACACGGCGCCGUUUGCCAACUCGACGUACGCGGCCGUCGGGUACGCAGCCAACAACUUCAACGACGUGCCGAGCGGGAUGGUGACGCUCUUUGAGCUGCUUGUGGUCAACAACUGGUUUGUGAUCGUCGAGGGCCACGUGCUGGUCACGAGUGCGUGGGUGCGCCUCUUCUUUAUUGCGUUUUGGCUCACGGGGGUUAUCAUGACACUCAACCUGAUCGUCGCGUCUAUUUUGGAUGCAUUUUCAAAGGAGUAUGCCGCCGCCGCGGCCAUCACGGACGCUCCAAAGUCGUUUGAUUCCCCUUUAUCGUGCCAGAUGGAAAUGAAAUCGUUUGUGGUGCCGCCAACGUCGUCCCAGACUCGUCUCACGCAUCAGCGCAUGGUGACAUUUGCAAGUUCCAAGGAACCGAAUGGCGGCAACGACUUGUUGCCAGACGAGUGCCGGUCUGCGUGAGGAUGUCGAUAUAGAAUAUGGCAACGUUAUUCCGUGUUGUUUUGGGUUGCAUAAUAUAUUAGUGUGUAUGGUACAGUGUGGCAAGUGAGUACUAUGGGAGGGCAGGGUCGAAGCAACAGCACACGAGGCGGAGACACGAUCGGGCAAAGGACGCAAGCGGUCGUGACGAGGAUGACGAUGUUGGCAGCAGCAGUGACGACGUUUCAGUGUGUAGCUGGGUGGCGGACCCCAACACCUCGGACACUGUCACAGAUCUGGCAAACGCGUUGCGCUCUUCGGUGAUCCGGCUCGUGGAUUUCUUGAUGGCUUCGUGUGGCAUCCGAUACAGCGGCGCAGCAGUCCCGCCUGGUUUGAAUUGCUCUUCGUUUAGAUUUCGUAGUCCUAGCCACCUACGACACACAUCAACAAUCAUACAUUCAUAAUAUAUAUAUAUAUAUAGCGAACGUCCACAAGUAGCAGAUAUAUAUAUGUAUAACCUGCACACUUCGUUACACCGGUGGGACUGUAGAAACGUUUCCAUGCCUCGCGUGCCAAGGUUGCCGAUGCCAAACCCUCGUCCAUCCGC